AAUUUGAUCGUCGUGUCAGGGAAAAAGUUUCAUUGUACAUAACCUAACAAAAGUUUCUUCCCGUCUUUUUUGAUCCAGUAUACGAUAUCGUAAUAUAUUACAAAUACAUGUCGUCUAUUAAUGAAAUUCUACAACGUUUGAUUAAUUACAGAACAUUGAAUAACAUCUUGCAUCAAUAUACAAAACGAAGAAUUAACGAUAAUAGAAAAUUUUGUUCAAUAUAUAACGAUUCCUCGAUGAAACGAACAAAAAGAAUUAAUACUGUUGAUAAUAAAAUUAAUCACAAUGAAAAUGAUAUUUGUGAAACAGCUAUGGUUACGAAAACUGAACAGAAUUUCGUCGAGGUACUUCAACCUAAGGAUAAGGAAAUUAAAAGGUCUAAAAUAAAUUUGAAAGUAUUGCGAAAUGAAAAUGAUAAAUCUUUAGAUACGAUUAAAUUAAAGGAUUUUGAGGGAAAGAAAGAAAUCGUAGAAAUAUCACAUACGGAUAAUAAAAAUGUUACAAGGAAAAAAAUAAGAGCGAUAGUGGAUUUGAAAAUGAUGAAAGAGGAAUUAAAACAAUUAGAGGAUCCACCUGUUACACCUUGGGAAAAAGAAAUAUCUUCGUCUCGGCUUCCAUUUGAAUUUUUUGAUACACCUUGCGAACAACUUGCUCAACAUCUUUUAGGAAAAGUACUUGUUCGUCGCUUAGAAAAUGGAACGAUAUUAAAAGGUAGAAUUGUAGAAACUGAAGGUUAUUUAGGUGCAGUUGAUAAAGCUUCUCAUUCUUAUCAAAAUAAAGUUACACCUCGUAAUAUACCAAUGUAUAUGUCACCUGGCACAAUUUAUAUAUAUAUGACUUAUGGGAUGUAUUAUUGUUUCAACAUAUCAAGUCAAGAAUAUCUUGGUAAGAUUUUAGGUGAUGGCAGUGCUGUGCUGAUAAGAGCUCUUGAUCCUUUAGAAGGCACUGAGUACAUGAGUAAUCAGCGAAUCUUGAAAAAAAAAUCAAAUAUGUCUAAAGGAACUAUUAAAGACUUGAAAGUACAUGAAUUGUGUAAUGGGCCUUCAAAACUUUGUAUGUCUUUCCAAUUGCAUAAAAGUCAUAAUAAAUAUUCACUGUGUACCUGGAAAGGUCUUUGGAUAGAAGAUGAUUCAUUUCAAGAAAAAAUCAAAAUUGUUAAGUGCGCAAGAAUAGGUAUCGAUAGCUGUGGUCCUGAAUGGUCGAACAAACCCUUACGUUAUUAUAUUUAUGGAAAUAAAUCUGUUAGUAAACGUAAUAAAAAAGCAGAAGCAUUUAUAACAAAUACUUAGAAGACUAAUUUUAAUAAUAUGUGGAAAAUUUUAAAUUAAUAUCACUUAAAUAUAAGAUUUUUUUCUCUUUGCAUUGUUUCAUGUUAAAAAUUAUAAUACCUAUAUUAAGUACAGAGGUAGACUUUUAUACAUUUAUACAAUUUAUUCCUGGCCAAAAAAAAAAAAAACAAAAAAAAAAAACAAGAAAGAAAUAUACGCAGUAUACAAAUAAAUUGCAAAUCGGGUUUAAAAACAUGUAGUAUUUCAUUACUCUUCUCUCAUAAAUAUAUCUUCUUUAUAAAUAAAAUGCAUUAAAAAUAUUUACCUAUUUCAGUGUACAAAUUACGAAUAGAUAAUAUUUAAACAAGGCGCACAUCACCUUUAUAUAUUUUACUAGACAUAUUAUUACCUUCAUUGCAUUUAUGCCCAUUCUCUCAUUACUCUUUCAUAAUCUUCUUCUUCUAUAAAUGGCUUAUCAAUUGAUCUGAAAUAUAAUAUUUUACAAACUUACCAGAUCCUAAUUAAAAAAAAAAAAAAAAAAAAAAAGAGCAAUAAUAAAUAUACUAUAAUUGAUAAAGGAACAACUUACUCUAUCAUAAGUUCUCCACAGUAUAAACAUUCUGAAGCUACCAAUUCGUCUAUAUCAGCUUUAAUUUGAUCUUUAAUUGAUAGAGAUACCAUUCCAAUUGAUGUUGUAUCUUCAGAUUUAUUUGAAAUGGCUGUAAGUUGACGUUGAAGAUCGGCAAGUUUUGUUCGUUGAUCCAUUGAUAACAUGGGUGUUAAUGCGGCAACAAGACAGUCACUGUGAAAUCUAUGCCCACAAGGAAAUACAUAAAAAGGCCUUAAUAAAAGUUGAAUAUCACAAGAAUUGCAUGUAUCUCUUGCAUCUACAAAAGUGCACCUAUAAAAUUAAUUACAAUUAUAUAUUUACAUUUAUAAUAUUUCAUUUUUCAUCUUAUAAUAUUAUAUUGAUAUGUAUAACGUACCUCGUUCUAAAAGCUUGUAUAUCCUUUCUAAUAACUUCAGCUGAUUUUGUUGCCUCUUCCAUUUCUUCUUUGAGAUCUUGAAUAUGUCGAUUAUAAUCCUAUUUGAAUAAUAGAAAAAAAAAAAAAAUAACGCAUGUUCUUACCAAUUACAAUUCUAUACAUUAAAGUUUUUACCUGUAAGGAUUUACAAAUGGCAUCUUUAAAAUGAUCUAUUGUAACGAAGUCCGAAAAGAAUGGUAAAAUAUCUUCUAUCCUAACUAAAUCGCAUUGUUGUAAAAAUUCCAUCACUUGUUGUAUAUCAUUCUUUUCACGCACUACGUGUUCAGCAAAAAAAAAAAAAAAAAAAAAAAAAGAUGAAAUAAGAAUAAAAAAAAUAUUCAUUGAAAAUACAACACAAUAAAAGAUUAGAAACAAUUUAUAUGUAUUACCUAUUUUUAACCAUAAUUUUUUACGUAAAGUAUCAUCCCGUUCAGAGGGCAUAGAUGCAAUUUGUUUAGCAAGAUCAACUUUAAUUGUUAAUGCCAAAUCUACUGCUCUUGUCCACAAACCAAGCAAAGCCGAUAAUUGAACACAUGCCUCUGUUAAACCAGCCUCCUGACACAAUCUUAAGGCAUAAUGUACAUCAUAAUGUACCAUACUUAUAUAUUGGCCUUAAAAAAAAAAAAAAAGAAGAAAAAUAUGAUUAUAUUGAAAGAAAAGAGUAUGAAAGAUAAAUAAUAUUUAUACAUGAUAUAAUAUAUACCUUGUGAGCUAAUGUAACGCAUGACUUCUUCCUCUUUAUAACGUGCGUACAGUGAAAGUAAAAAAUUAUGAAUUGCUUGUUCCUGGCAACUUUGUUUGUAUACGCAAAAUUCUAAAUAUCUGAUAAUUUCUUUAGCCUAGACACAAUGUAAAAAGAAAAUAUUAAUAUUGAUAUAAUAUAAAAACCUCUCCAUACUUUCAUAGAAUAUAAUUUAAAUGAUUUUAAAGCUUCUUACGUGUUUUUCAUCACAGUUACAAGAUACUAAAGCUGGAAGCAACUUUGAUGGUUUCAAUAAAGAUCCUUGUGAAAUUAAAGCAGUCACAGUAGGACGUGGCAAUUCUUGUAACAAAGUACCAGAGAAUUGAUAAAAUAAAUCUUUAUUGGUUUGACUUUUUAAUA